AAGCUCUCCCCUCAUCAGGAUGCUCUGGCUCGCCCUCCCGCUAUCCCUCUGACAAGAGAAGCUCUCCUUGUUGAAGCGGGAGAACAUCCAUCCCAAGAAUCACUCGCUUUGGGGACAAAUAUGAACUGAAGCGCUAAAUCAAACCGCUUUUCUUCUCUGCGCUCCACGGAUCGCGGCGGCGGCAGCGGAGGGUUCCCUCUCUGGAGGGGUGAUGGGAUCUGCCCUUCGCUCCUCACCUCUGGAGACGUCUCGCAGCGCGUCCCAGGAAUGAACUCCGCCGCCUCCGCGUCCCUGCCGGCGCAGUUGGUCCCCGGGGAGCGGCUGGACGCGGGGGGACCGGGUCCUGAAUCAAAGUUGAGAGAGGAGGAUAACAAGUUAGAGCGGGUGUCUGGAUGAUGGGAAUGGUGUGGUUUAUAUCGGGACGGUUCAGCAUCUCUGGUUCUUCACGAGAGCGCGCGUGUUCGCUUCCCAAAGCGGGUCCCCAACACCUGCGCCACUUUCCGUCCUCCUCCAGUCCGGAGAGAAUGAGGAGUCGCUGGGUGAAGCAUGAGCUGUCAGAGAACCAGUCAUAGGCGGCUGUCUCUGCUAUGGGAGGGGGUGGCGCUCAGCCUGUGGCUCUGCUGCGGCUGGAGCUCCGGGGCGGCCGGGCCAGGCGGCGGCGGCGGCGGCGGCCCCGGGGCUCUGGAGUGGCUGCUGUCCGAUAAAGGACCCUUCCACCGCUCCCUGGAGUUCCAGGAGGCUCUGGAGCGGUACCAGCAGGGCUUCAGCACCAGAUACAAGAUCUACAGGGAGUUUGGUCGAUGGAAGGUCAACAGCCUGGCGGUCGAAAAGCGAGACAGUUUUGGUGGUAGCGGCGGCUUGGCUCUGCCUCUCGACCCAGACUUCACGCACACCAUCCGCCAGCUGGGGAGGAGGCCAACCCUCCAGAUGAUUACAGAGAGUCUAAUCAAGAAAUACGGCACCCACUUCCUCCUCUCUGCCACUCUGGGAGGGGAGGAGGCUUUGACAAUAUUUGUGGACAAAAGGAAGCUGAGCGUCGAGUCUCCGCCCGCAGGGGCCGAAGGCAGCCGCAGCAGCAGCAGCAGGAACUCCAGCUCCACAGGCGCUGUGACUCUGGAAGCCCUCCACCAGCUGGCUGCUUCCUACUUCACAGACAGAGACGGCACCCUGCGCCGCCUGCACCAUCUCCAGAUUGCAUCCACCGCUAUACGGGUGACUGAAACUAGAACCGGGCCCCUUGGCUGCAGCAACUACGACAAUCUGGACACCGUCAGCUCUGUUCUGGUCCACAGCCCUGAAAACAAGGUUCAACUGCAAGGUCUGCAGGUCGUCCUACCAGGAUACUUACAGGAAUACUUCAUUCAGGCAGCUCUCAGCUACAUCGGCUGUAAAUCAGAGGGUCAGUUUGUCUGCCAGAACAACGAUUGCUGGUGCAAGUGCAGCGUGGACUUCCCACAAUGCAACUGUCCUCACGGAGACCUGGACACUCUAGAAAACAGCUUGCUGCACAUCAGAGACGCCAUCAGGCUGACCAACCAGGAGUUUGAGGAAUCUGAGGAGUUCCAGAGCUUCGUUGGGAAACUGCCAGCCCAUUACGCUGUGAACACAUCUGUCGUGGAGCACUUGUGGAGGAUGGAUGCGGGCCUGCUGCAGCGGUACAGGCAGCUGGAGGCCGGCAGCCAGCAGCUUCUCGCCAAAGCUCAGCGUACAGCUAACAGGCUCUUCAGAGUCAGCAAGAGGUGCCGAAAGCAGCCGAAGAUUAUCCUGCCGAGGCCGAGGCCCCUCCACUUCUGGCUGAGCUUCGCUCUCUCCGUGUUGUACUGCAGAGAGAACAAGCAGAUUGGCGUGUACAGCGAGAAGAGCCGCAGCUGCUCCUGUCCCUACGAUCACCCGGCGUGCCACGGCCUCAUCCCCUGCUUCAUCGGGGAUGGCUCUCGCUGUGCCUCCUGCUCUGUGGAGAACCGGACUCGGUGCUCCAGUUGUAACCCGGGCUUCUCCCUGAUCCAAGGAGUCUGCAGGCCUGCAGUUCCCGACCCAACAGACCCCUACCUGGGCAUGGAAAGCGACAGAGAUCUGCAGGAUCUGGAGCUGCGUUACCUGCUGCAGCGGCGUGACCCACGCAUCACCCUGCACGCCGUCUUUGUGAGCAACGACGUGCGUGUGAACACAUGGUUUGAUCCAUCUUGGAGGAAGAGAAUGCUGCUCACCCUCAAGAGUAACCGGGUCAAAUCCAGCCGUGUUCACGUGCUCCUCGGAAUCACCGUGCAGUUCUGCCUGAGCACAAACAGCACUCUCGAGCCAACGCUGUCGCUGUUUGUGAACCCCUUUGGGGGCAGCCAUUCUGAGAGCUGGACCAUGCCCAUAGGUCAGCAUGGCUAUCCUGACUGGGAGCGGACCAAGCUGGAUAUCCCCCUGGACUGCUACAACUGGACGUUGAAUCUUGGAAACAGGUGGAAAAGCUUUUUUGAGACGGUUCAUUUCUACCUGAGGAGUCACAUCAGGGACUCCCCGGGGGGGUCGGGAAGCAACAAGAACACGACUCUGUACCGUGAGCCUCCAGAGGAUGCAGAGCCACCCAGCAAUAUUGGUUACAUGAAGGUGAACAGCAUGCAGCUGUUUGGGUACAGCGUGCACUUUGACCCAGAGGCUAUUCAGGACCUGAUUUUGCAGCUGGACUAUCCGUACACUCAGGGAUCCCAGGACUCCGCCCUGCUGCAGCUGGUGGAGCUGCGCUACAGGGUGAACCGCCUCUCACCUCCAGGGGCUCCACACGUGGACCUGUUCGCCUGUCUGCUCCGCCACAGACUCAAAUUGUCCAGCGCAGACGUGACCAGGAUACUCACUGCUCUGCAAGCUUUCGGUGCCAAACACCCCAACUUCACAGAGUCAGAGGCCACUAAACUGUGCAGCUAGUGUGACGUUUUCUACACCCCUCCCCUCACAGACGUGCUUACAUAAUUGGUCUGCAGGAUCAUAUUGUGUCAUGUGUGUGGUACGUUGUUCUAAAGUGUGCUGUACAUACACAACGUGCAAUAAAAAUUGGUGUUUUUUUUUUAUCA